CCAAAUCUCGAAAGUGCCCCAAAUUCAAAACCCUAAAGCUUCACACAAUCUCAUCCCUACACGUUCACACGAAUGGGAAUGGUAUCGGUGGAACCCUAAAAAUACCCCUCCUCCCUGAAACCUGAACGGAACUCUAAUGGAAUCCCCUCCGAUAAAGAUAUUGGAUGGUCGUCCCACUUCCCGCAAGCGCCUCCUCUCGGACUGCGCCAAGCCCGAAACGCCGUUAUCGUUGCAUCAACCUCCCCUUAAAAAGACACGGGGACUCCCCAACUUAACCGAAUGCCAAGCCUGUGGAUUUCGAAGUGACAACGCCAGCAGCAAAAAACAGAUACAAACGCUUUACAGCGAGUGGCGCAUUGUUCUUCUCUGUCCAAAAUGUUAUAAUCGUGUUGACUCAUCUCAAAUCUGCGCUUAUUGUUUCAAAGAAGCCUCGGAAGAUUGCUUUUCUUGUACCCUAUGUAAGCGAUCGCUUCACAAAACAUGCUUUUUAGAUUACAAAUCUGUUCCGCCCUGGUCAUACGCUGUUUGUGGUUCGGAAUUUACUGUUUGCAUUGAUUGUUGGGUCCCUGAAAAGAUUGCCAGCAAAAGGGGCAUCUUUAGGCGUGAAAAAAAUGCUAAGAUUUCUUGUGUUUCGGAAGUUAAGAAUGGUGGGGUGGUAAAGUUGUUAGAUGUGGUGAAAGAUGCUAAUUGUGCAAUGGGAGAGACAGUUGAGGCUGCGGUUGAGGCAAGGGGAAUGGCUCUUAACAUUAACAAAGCUGAUGUGGCUCAACAGGUGGUUGAAUUUGCAAACAUUGAAUUGGAAAAGUGUGAUGAUGCUGAAUUGGCAUUUCGGAUGCAUAAAGCCAUGAAUAGUUCACCUAGGAUUUCGAAAAAUAGAAAUCUGUCUGAUGAUAUUAGGUUAGAUGCUUUGGUUGCCGGUAGUAGUAGGGCUUUCAGUUGUUUGAAACCUACGGAGAUAGUUUAUGCCCGACGUAGAAAGAAACCAAAUAAGAUGGAACCAAGGGAUACAGUUUAUGCUAGCUAUAGAAAGAAACCAGUGCAGAUAGUUUAUGCCCGGCGUAGAAAGAACCCAGUGCAGAUUGUUUAUGCUCGGCGUAGAAAGAAAGCAUGUGAGAUAGCUGAUGAACAGUGUAUAAUAAAACAUAAUGAGAUGGUUUAUGUGCAACCUGGAAAGAAACAAUAUAAGUUAGUUUAUAAACGGCGUAGUAAGCAAAGUGACAGCAAGGAAAAAUCUGAUGUUGAAAUAGGACCGAAGGAGAGAGAAGAUGGAUGCUCUAAUUUUUUGUCAAAAAGUGGGGUUGAUACGAAAAUGAACUCUGAGUCUAAAGCUUAUAAUUACGAAGAUGACGCUAUUGUCUUUGAUAAUAUGCAGUCUGAUGGGAAGCUUGUUCAAUAUUUGUUAACAUACAGCAGGAAGAAAUCAAAGUGGAAGGGAACUCCAGUUGACAAAACUGAGUUCUUUUAUGAUGGAUAUAACCGUGAAAGUCAGGCUUCAUCUUCUCAACUGCCAUAGUCUUUAGAUCUCGUAAUACACUCCAAUGUUCUGCUUUUCCUCAUCGAGCCAGAGCUGCAAGUUAUUCAUGUCAAGAUACCCCUAGACUGACAAGUAAUACUACCAAUGAUGAUCCUUGGUUAAUUGACAAAAGCUAAACUGGAUCAAAUCCUUGCAUAGUUAUAGCCAUUUGAAGGUGAUUUGCUUGUUGCUAAAAGCACUCGAUGUGAUUCUGACAUGGACUAUUGUCCCCUGAAGAGUGAAGACUAUGUAAUCCUUGCAAAAUGCUCAAAGUUGUUAACCGGUGCUUGAUAAGAGUCCAAUUUUUUGCAAGGAAAAGGAGCAUGAUCUUGGCCGACAAUCAGGAAAGCAAGGUGUUGAAAGUGCUGAUAUCAAGCAAAAAAUUUGGACUAUAUCUUGAAGAGCCUUGGUGGUUUCUGGUUAGGCAAGAUCAUGAAUUGGUAAUGGCCAAUUUUCAGUUCAUCUUGACUAAAAUUUUUUGAGGUCAGAUUUUGAUGUUAUACAAUUAUUCACAUUUAUAUUAGAUGAAGCUUCUUGGAAACCCACUAUAGAAGCCUUUGUCCCAUUGGAUGUGCUUAGAGUAAUCAGGGUUUGUUUUGUCAUGGAACUAAUUUCAA